AAAAAUAAUGACGUUUUACACAAUACACACAAACAUGGCUGCCGAACUCAAGUUUUUUGACAACCUUUUUGAACCGAUUGACCAUUGUUUACAUGGACCCGACAAGAUCUGAUUGACCGACACCUAGAAGCCUUCCAAACGUUUCAUUACACAUUCUCAAGAGUCUAGUUUGUUGUCCAAUUAAUUUUAAAAUCUGGAAGAAGGUAAAAAAAUUAUUGAAAAUCUACAGGAACUGGCCUAUAAGAAAUGGGAACUUUUAAGUAACAUGAAGAUGAUGAAUUGCCAACCUGAUUGCACCAAGCCUGUGGCUUCUGAUACUUCUUCCAAGGCAUCCACGAGCCAGGACAGCAGGAGAACAUCAAUGCAAGAAAAAUUAUCUGUGAUAUCUCAGCCUGGAGAUCCUGAGUAUUACCAGUUCCUGGACAGCGAGAUGGCCGUCAGAGAGGUUAGCGGCAACAGCAAACGUUUGUACGACUACCGGUAUUUCAGCAAGGUGGCGCGGUUCUCGGUGGAUGAAGAGAUGUCGCUGAUCGGGCGAGAGUACCACAUGGUGGAGCAAGUUUACUACAACACUUUCCCAAAGCAUUUGCCCAUGAUUUGGAAAACUUACGACCCGGAGUCGUUUCAAGUUCUGAAGAAGGAUUUUGCACGGGGGACAAGUGGUAAGAUCGAGCUCGUGGUCCACAAACGGUCCAAGUAUCUCGGAGUGCUCAAAUCUCUGCCUCUGUCCAAGAUCACCGAAGCGCGCACCGAGUUCAACAUUUUGAAUCAAUGUCGUGAGUGCCCUUUUGUCAUCAACGUCCUGGACGGGUUUGAGUCGACCAAACUACGCUUUCGUGACUACAGUCAUUUCAUUCUAAUGGAGUUUGCUCCCUUCUUAACACUCGAUCAUCUGACACACGCAAUGAAAGGAGUUGGCUCCACUAACGCCAGAUUGUUUUGUAUGGAAGUCACCAUGGCCUUGGAGUACCUACAUGCAAAGAACAUCUUACACAGAGAUGUGAAGCCAGAGAAUAUAUAUAUCCUCAUUUCCGGUCAUGUGGUGCUGGGUGACCUUGGCUCUGCGAUACAACUGGACAGCUCUACGUUAACCUUGGGUCGCUGCGCCACCUACGUCACACGGGCACCAGAGAUUUGGAACAAAGAACCGUAUGGUAAAGCUGCAGACGUCUGGAGUCUAGGUGUCACUGUGUACAACAUUAUUUCUAAUCAGUGGCCAUUUGUGUCCCCUUACCAACACAUUCAAAUUGAAAAGGUCAACGCCGGCAACGUUGUGUACGGAAAUAAAUUUUGUAAAGAGUCGUCGAACUUUAUUGCUAAGAUGAUAGUGGUAGAUCCGAAAGAGAGAGCACCCUGCAAAGAACUGUUAAAACAUCCAUACUUUGACUCAGUCAAGCCACCAUAUGACCCUCCUUACUCAGCUGUCCAUUACUUACACCUGUAUGACAAAAACGUAGAGUCGGACAUCAUCAAAGAUCUCCUGAACAAAGAAGGCAGAGACACUCAAGUGACAGCCAUAUAAGUUUACACGACUUUUGCUCGAAGCACAGAUCCACUGCUUUUGACUUAAUGUUAUCAAAUGAUUGUGUUUUAAGAUAAUUACCAGCAGAAGUAGAACUUGAAAUGUUAGCCAUAAAAUCUGAAUGAGUGAAACAUUCUUUGAUGUCACUGACCUGAAUAUUUAGUUUGUAUUAAAACCUUGUCACUCAAAUGAAAACUGUUUAAUAGCACGCUACCAUCCAACCUCUGCUUGUGAUUAACAGAACUGUCAGUAAGUGACAGAUUUUAACAUUUGAGAAUUGAAGCUCAGCAUGUGCCAUUAAAUAGACCACCAAUAAGUGUUUUAGGUCUUGAAAUGUUAUCUGAUUAAGGUAAGUUAUGCCAAGGGACCCCGCUGUUACGUUGCUUAUUGUUUCUAAUUGUCUUCCAGUGAUGUAUAUAAGUUAGGGCUGUUCUCAUGUCAGAGUCAAGAUUUUAUGGCAGGGAGAACAAAUGAGACAAUGUGUUCAGGGCAUUCUCUUACUUUUGAAUGUUUACCCACAAGUUACUAAGAUUUCAACAAAGUAAAAUACUCUGUGUGUAUAUGAAAGCUCAACAUAUACUUGAAGCUUCCUGAGCUUUGAAAAGAAACUGGCGUUCUUUAGAACUGUCAUGCUAAGUGAUCAAUACAUUCACCAUUUAGAAUAUUUAUUUAAUUUAUUUAUUACUACCUAGCAAUGUGUGUACUUUUACAUUUGACUAAUUCCAAUUUAUUUUGAACACAUGUUGGUUGUGGUACAUUAAAUGGUUGAGUUUCUGUA